CCGCUCUUAUUUUGCAGUAUCCCUCAAGUCAUUGUUUCGUUUCCAAGUGAACGAUAUAAUUAACUUAUAUAAGGCAUCAAAACCCAAAUUCAAGAAGAGUUUGUCUCUCCAUGCAAAAAGAAAAGGAAGCAAUUAUCAAGGAAGGGAAGGAUAUAGAAAUGGAAGGAACUCGUGCAAAGGAGGAAACCCUACCGCCGGGAUUUCGAUUUCAUCCAACAGAUGAAGAACUUGUUACUUGCUAUCUCGUAAAUAAGAUAUCGGACUCUAAUUUUACCGGCAGAGCAAUAACUGAUGUAGAUCUGAACAAAUGCGAGCCAUGGGAGCUUCCAGGGAAGGCGAAGAUGGGAGAAAAAGAAUGGUACUUCUUCAGUCUGAGAGAUCGUAAGUACCCAACAGGGGUGAGAACCAACAGAGCAACAAACACGGGGUAUUGGAAAACCACGGGGAAAGACAAAGAGAUCCUUAACAGUGUAACAUCGGAGUUGGUUGGCAUGAAGAAGACUUUAGUUUUCUACAAAGGAAGAGCUCCUAGAGGAGAGAAAAGUAACUGGGUCAUGCAUGAAUACCGCAUUCACUCAAAAUCAACCUUCAGAACUAACAAGGAUGAAUGGGUGGUUUGUCGGGUAUUUCAGAAGAGUGGUGGUGCAAAGAAGUACCCUUCAUCCAACCAUGCAAGAGCAGCGAAUCCUUACAGCUUGGAACUAGGACCAAGUAUUAUACCCCCACCAAUGAUGCAACUGGGAGACCCAGCUUCUCAUUUCCUUUAUGGAAGAAAUUACAUGGCAAGUGCAGAUCUAGCUGAAGUAGCAAGGAUUUUGAGAGGGGGUGGAUCAACCAGUAGUGUUAACGUACCAAUGCAGUCUCAGUUUAGCUAUCCUGUAUCAGCAGCUGGAGGAGAAUUCACCAUUUCAGGACUUAAUUUGAAUCUUGGAGGAACAGCAGCAACCACUACACAACCCAUUUUGCGGCCAAUGCAACCUUCUCCACCUCUUACUCACACAAUGGUUCAAGUACAUGAUGUUAGUUCCAACAUGAUGACACCUAGCUCUCUUGGUGCGGAGAAUAACGCAGGUUUUGCCACAGAAAUGAGCAACGCAAAUUCUCAUGGCAAUAGGUAUAUGGGUAUGGACAAUUGCAUGGAUCUAGACAACUAUUGGCCUUCCUACUAA